CGCCUGCCGAGCCCAGCGCCGCCCAGCCCAGCGCCGCCCAGCCCAGCGCCGCCGGACACAGAUUCACCACAGAUAUGCCUGGCCAGCUGCUCUGCUGCUCCUGUGCCUCAGCACUUGCUGCCCUGUGAUUGCAGAUAACAAGCAUAAGAAGUGAUUGCAGAUAACAACCCUAAGAAGUGAGUUACAAAGUUGGGGUAAGAAACCAAAAGCAACCUACCCUUAUUGAGUUCUCAAGAACAUAAUCAACCCCUUGGUACAUUAUCAAGAUGCAUUAAGGAACUGGAUACAGUGCCAAAAGAGCUCCAUGCGUUUCCAUGACUCUCUUGAACCCUGACUCAGAUACUUUUGGAUAUAUAUUUCUGUUCUAAGGAGAAGAGUGUGUAUUCCAACUCCUUUCUGCCAGCUUGCUGGCAGAGAGAUUUCACUAAGAUCAUGGACCAUCCUAGUAGGGAAAAGGAUGAAAGGCAGCGGACGACGAAAGGAAUGCCGGGAAGGAGUGGGCACGGUUCUCGACCAAGCUCAUCGGCAUCGUCUGGCGUUCUGAUGGUGGGACCCAACUUCAGAGUGGGCAAGAAGAUUGGGUGUGGGAACUUUGGAGAACUCAGACUAGGUAAAAAUCUCUACACCAAUGAAUAUGUAGCGAUCAAGCUGGAACCGAUAAAAUCACGUGCACCACAGCUUCAUUUAGAAUACAGGUUUUAUAAGCAACUUGGAAGUGCGGCUGAAGGGCUUCCCCAGGUGUAUUACUUCGGACCGUGUGGAAAGUACAAUGCCAUGGUACUAGAGCUGCUUGGUCCUAGCUUGGAAGACCUAUUUGACCUCUGUGAUAGGACGUUCACUUUGAAGACGGUAUUAAUGAUAGCCAUCCAGCUGAUAUCUCGCAUGGAGUACGUGCAUUCGAAGAACCUCAUCUACCGAGAUGUCAAGCCUGAAAACUUCCUUAUCGGCCGGCAAGGCAACAAGAAAGAGCACGUCAUUCACAUCAUAGACUUUGGAUUGGCAAAGGAGUACAUUGACCCGGAAACCAAAAAACACAUACCUUACAGGGAACACAAGAGCUUAACUGGAACAGCCAGAUACAUGUCCAUCAACACUCAUCUUGGCAAAGAGCAGAGUCGUCGAGAUGACUUGGAAGCCCUUGGCCAUAUGUUCAUGUAUUUCCUCCGAGGCAGUCUGCCCUGGCAAGGAUUGAAGGCUGACACCUUAAAAGAGAGGUAUCAGAAGAUUGGGGACACAAAGAGAAACACUCCGGUUGAAGUUCUCUGUGAGAACUUUCCAGAGGAGAUGGCCACGUACCUCCGCUACGUUCGGCGGUUAGACUUCUUCGAGAGACCAGACUACGAUUAUUUACGAACCAUCUUCACAGAGCUGUUUGAAAAGAAAGGCUACACCUUUGACUACGCCUAUGACUGGGUUGGCAGGCCAAUUCCUACUCCAGUGGGAUCUGUUCAUGUAGAUUCGGGGACGUCUGCAAUAACAAGAGACAGCCACAUCCAUAGGGAUCGGCCAUCACAGCAGGCCCUUCGCAAUCAGGCGUCAUCAGAUCGCCGAGGGGAGUGGGAGAUCCAGCCAAGCCGGCAGACCAAUACCUCGUACCUGACAUCUCAUUUGGCUGCAGACCGGCAUGGAGGAUCAGUACAGGUGGUCAGUUCAACCAACGGGGAGCUGAACGUGGACGACCCAACGGGGGCACACUCCAACGCACCGAUAACGGCGCAGGCGGAGGUGGAGGUGGUGGAAGAAGCUAACUGCCUGAAAAUGCUCAACUUGUGGUGCUGCUGCUUCUUUAAGAGGAAACGGAAGAAGACGGCUCAGCGUCACAAGUGACCGGUGCCUCCUGGGCCGUGCAGGAACCACCUCGCCUGCAGCUCCUGCCCUGUCUCACUGGAAGGGGCUUCUCUUUAGGGGGAAGGAGGAGGAGGCUGAGAAGGAAGAGAGAAAAACGAAAAAAAAAAAAAAAAAAAAAAAAAAAAAAAGUGACUUUUUAAACCAAAAAGAGAAGAAAACGUUCCAAAACAAACCACUCUGGGGUGGAUCUGCUGAAUGGUCUCCCUCGUUCGCUCCAAGCCUGAAGCUCCUUUUGGGACCAGGACUGUGGCUGGCUCAGGUCUUGGUCGCCCUGGGAGGGGGGCUGGCUGGCUGACCCUCCUUCCCGUUGUUUACGGCGAAGGCAUCGUUCACGCAAACCUGAGGACUGUGCUUAGUUCCUGCUCACUUUCCUCCCUCCCUCCCCUGCACCCUCUGCUCCUCUGUCCCCCUCCCUCCUUAAUCCAGCGAAGAAAUACCGUAGGCUGUUGAGAGGGCAGGAGGAUGCAGAGGGAGAAGGGCCUGACUGCUGCAGCAGUGAGAGACAGGUUCCCUUUUGGCCUCCUUGGGAACAGUUACACUGUAAUGUGCAAGCUGUGAGAAAUUUGCAAUCUACUGUUCCAGUUAGGGUUUUUGUUUGCGGCUCCCUUGACACCUCCCUCCUCUGACGGUAACAGAGCAACGUGGAUUGUUUUAAAGAAGCUGACGUCAUUGCACUUUUUAUUAUGUUUAGCAUUUACAGAUGCACAUUGUAUCUGUGGAUCCCUGCGCGGCGCCGGCGCAGACAGACAUUCAGCGGGGAAGACGGAGGGGUGCAAAGGAAGCCCUCGAGUGGGGAUGUCGAUGACAUCCGCAUGACCCUCGUGCCAGUCUGGGGUUCCCGACGCCUGCCUUGGGGCCUGGAAAGCAUACUUGAAUUUUCAGUCACCCUUCCUCACUGCCGGUGAAUGUCCCUACCAUGGUUUCCUACACCCGACUGCCUGGGAGACGCAAGGCUAUAGCCUAGCGUUGGCAGAAGGGAGCAGCAUUGGCUUUGCUGAGCUGGAGGAGUUUGCUCUUGCUUAAGAGGUAGAGCUGGAUUAAGGUGACUGGGAGGGAGCCGCUUCCCAAAGCAUAGAUGUUUCCCAGUGUGGGUAACUGGGCAGCCUCCUCGGACCCCUCUGGCAGGGGGGUUGUGAACACAUACCUUCCGUGGGAAAACAUAGCAGGAGCAAAGCUUCCCCAGCAGGGAAAGGACACUUCAUGCCUUAACACUGAUUUCAUCUCCAGAUGGUCAGAUAGGUUUGACUGGAAACGCCUUCAUGUCCUCCCUGCACGCGUAGGUCUGGGGCCUGUGGGAGGCCAUCCAACCCCAUAGAAGCCAUGGUUCUCAUGCACCACUUUGGAGCCAAACCAGUAGCUAGCAAAGGGCUCAGGGCUUCGUACACGUUUCAUCUUGCAUCCUGCUGCAGCUGAGGCUGCCUGGGGGGGGUGGUGUGUUACCACAGACAUAGCGGGGCUGUGAGAGAACUUGAGCAGCUCUUGGGAAGGUUGUGAAUAGGUUCCUUGUACUUUGUCUUUCCAUGUGUGGCACCUGACCGGGCUGCAGCUGCUCACUGGAGGGACUCCGUCUUAAACUUGGCCCUGGCUCAUCCCCAAAGUCCUAGAGAGCUUGAAGGGAUGAAAGGGAGAGACUAGAUCUCAUUAUCUUUUACUGGUUUUAAUGAUGAUCUGCGUAUCUUGGAGUUCAUGGAGCAGCACUCCCAGGAGGUUUGGUUCCCAUGGGUGGGCAGAAGCAGGCUUAGAGGGCAGGAGGUUAUCCUGGGCUUGCUCUUCGUGCAUCCCUGAAGCAGGUAGACACUGGUAUGGUGCUGGGGCAGAAAAGCCUCCUUGGCAGGAUCCCCUUAGGGCAUCUCUUCACCAUUCCCUACUGAGUCCUCUCCAUGCCUUAUCCCAAUGAGUGCAGCUCAGACGCACGGAGCCCUUUGCCCAUGCACCCACCAGGAGACACAUGAACGUUCCCACUCUGCAAAGCGCUUUCCUCAGGCCACAGCCAGGGCAGGAAGGGCACUGCUCACCUCCCGCAGGCACUUCGCGCCCCGUCCCCUCCUGCCAGCGAGAGUACAGGACAGUGGCCACGUUCCACCCUUCUCUUUCCAAACUCCUCCGCUGCCAGCAGCUUCCAGAAGCCUCAUGUGUGGCACAGGCGCUGCCCUCUGCUGUAGGAAACCAUGGUUUGGUGACUUGGGAGGGGGGGAAACGGGCACAGGCGUCCUCCAGGGAGAUGGAGCCAGGCCCUGAGACACUUCUGUUGCUGCCCUCCCAAGCCCCACUAAGUGCCUGUCACCAGAACUCGAUUCCUUCUGCAUCUCCUGCCGUGUUUGGUCAUUCCUUGCUGCCUCUGGUCAAGGAGCAGCUUGUAGUUGCAGCAUAUGUAAGUGUUUGCAGGGUGAGGGAGGGCUGGGGGGGAAGGGGCCAUCUCAACAGGUUUUGUUCUAAAAUGUUUUUUUGUUUUGUUUUGUUCUUUUUUUUUGUUGUUUCGGGGUUUUUUUAAGUGAAUGUAUUUGAUUGUUUAGAACUUUCCUGACCUUGUUUUUAAGUGGGUCCGUUUGGAAGCUGUUCCGCAGUGACCCACUCCCACUGCUCUCUGGAGAUACGAUGUUCUUUUAAUCCUACGAUGAUGUGUUUGUAGGGGAGGACUGUCCCCCCGCGGCAUGCUGGUAAUGCUCACUUGUACCAAGCCCUCUUGCACUAGAAUCGUACGUUGGACUCUUCAAAAGGGCAGAGAUGUGGGGUGGCUUCAUUAACAAAAGGAAACUAAAGUGGGUUAACAGCAAGUGCUUGAGGAAGCCGCUGGCCCCAGGGAGCUCGGGGUGACCAGAAGACACAAGCCAAACUGAGCCAGCUGUGCUGUGGUGGGAGCAGGGCAUUCAGCCUGCCUGGGCCACUUCUCUCCUCACCAGAGGUCAUCAGCACUGGGGCCCCCAGGGGUGCGAGGAGCGGGCCCCGCGCCUGGCCCUCCAACGCUGCGAUGCAGUCUUCUGAGGUAUCAAGUGAGAUGGUUAUUAUUAUUUUUUUCAAUAAAACAUUGCACUGCUGCAUUGUUCUCCAUGAA